CGGGGCCGGAAAACGCUGCCCGCAUGGCCGCGGGCGGCGGCAGGAACGCGCCGGUGUGCGGAGGAGAACACGGCUACCGGGCCCCGCAGCACGACGGCAUGAGGAGGGAUGGAGGCGGGGAGCCGUACUGGUCCAGAGAAGCAAUUCUUGCCGUGCUUCAGGUGGGUGUGGGCACACUCAGACUGUCGGAGUGGAUUUUCCUUGCUGGAUAUGCUACCUAUGGAGCCCGAGUGCCGCGUGUGGACGGCGGUGCUGCUGCUGGGGACGUGCCUGCUGUACUGCGCCCGCGUCACCGUGCCCAUCUGCGCCGUCGCCCUGAGCGCGCACUUCGGCUGGGACAAGAAGCAGUCAGGAGUUGUGCUCAGCAGCUUCUUCUGGGGCUACUGCUUGACGCAGGUCAUCGGAGGACACAUCAGUGAUCAAAUAGGGGGUGAGAAGGUCCUCCUCCUCUCAGCAUCAGCAUGGGGCUUCCUGACAUUCAUCACCCCACUGCUCACGCAGAUCACGUCUGCACACCUCGUCUUCAUGACCUGCUCCAGGUUCCUCAUGGGGCUGCUGCAAGGGGUCUACUUCCCAUCCCUGGCCAGCCUGCUGUCUCAGAGGGUCCGGGAGAGUGAGCGAGCCUUCACAUACAGCACAGUGGGGACCGGCUCACAGUUUGGGACACUGGUGAUAGGAGCUGCAGGAUCUCUGCUGCUGGACUGGUACGGCUGGGAGAGCGUUUUCUACUUCUCUGGUUUGCUUACUUUGCUCUGGGUUUACUGCACCUGCAAGUACCUGCUGACAGAGAAAGAUCUCGUCAUCCCCAUAGACUAUUUAAUGAGAAGCAUCUCAAUCUCGAAGCAGAACAAAGUGCCCUGGAAGCAGCUGUUUAAGAAGGCACCGAUAUGGGCUGUCAUCGUCGCACAGCUGUGCACAGCCAGCACGUUUUUCACCCUCCUCUCCUGGCUGCCGACUUUCUUUAAGGAAACGUUCCCCGAGUCCAAGGUAAGCACUGGUGGGGGGAGGAGGGCUGGGCUUCCUGCACUGCUUUCAGAGAGUGGGGUGGUUUUCUGCGCAGGGCUUGCGACACCAUGCUGUUGCAAUGACUCCAUGACGGGGUUUUCAUGGGGAUUUUAGCUAAAUUGACAUUGC